CAAGCAGCAGGAUGGCCAGCUCCAGAAGCAGAGCGGCGGCGGCCGUCCUCCUCCUUGCGUGCAGGGCUGCGACGCCUCACGCCUCCGUCCUCCUGUCUGGGUCCAGCAGCGAGCAGCUUGAGGUCCCCAACCAGACGCUGCGCCCCGAGGCCCUCAAGCUCAUCGACGACAUCCGCGCCGCCCUCCACCGCGCCUGCGGCCCAAAGGUGUCCUGCGCCGACAUCACCACGCUCGCCACCAGGGACGCCGUCGCCGCGGUGCGUCGUCGUAACUACUACUAGAUAAGGGAAGGGAGGGAAGUUUCGGUGAUGGGCAUGCAGUCAUUCACUGAACAACUUUAUAGUAUUUUGGGUUGAUGCUGGUCUGCUUCUUCUGAA